AUGUAUUUCCCAAAGCAACACCGGCAUCAUAAGUUGCUCAUCUACUUGAUGGCCGUCGAGAUACCUUUUGUCAUUAUCAUCCUAACGUUUACCGGAAUUGCAUCCCAUGAUCUAUACCGAACGAAGCUGUGGCAGGACGGCGCGGACAACGGCUUCAACAGCGCCCCGAAUGAAAUUGUUUACGCCUAUGCCAACCACAGGCCUUUCAAGGUUCCCAUGGUCUGGAGUUCAUUCAUAACUUCAUAUAACUUAGUGCUUGGUGUCCUGAGUGCCUUUUUGAUGAUCACGAAAAUCCCCGUUCAUUUCCUCCGUCUCUUCUACCCCCCACUUGCGGUCAUUAUCAAUGGAAGCUGUGUUGCGCUUUACAUUGUGUCGGCUCGAUACCAGGCUGGCUCCGAUACCUCAGACCCCCAGCAUCCGCAGCGAGGUGCGCCGUGGUACAUCACGAAAAGCUGCAGCGUUGCCAAGGACAAAGGCAACAUUGGGUACUGUAAACAGGCAAAAACACUUUUUGCGUUUUCAAUAAUCAUCAUUGUGUUAUACUUUGUCCAAUUCGUCGUGUGCCUUCAUUCAUGCUUUAUUACCCCAGAGGAGCGUGCGCAAAUCGACGAACGCCGCGAUGAAGACAGACAAAUGAAGGAAUACGAGGAGGAGGUUCUCAAAUCUCCUAGGAUGAUUCCCAUGACACCGGCGCCGUAUCCUGGUAGCGCACCGUAUGUUGGUAGCAUGCCCCCCACAACACCGCGGAGCCUGGCCUUCAACCGACUCGGAGGGGAUAGUCCAUCUGAUCUUCCGCUGCGCGAUAAUUCCGGCUCUUUGCAGCAACAGACGGCGGAGGUUAAGGGGCCAGCACCUCAGCCUCAACCACCACAGAUGUAUUUCCCUCCGCCUCCGAAAAAGGCAGCCAAGACCUAA